UCGAAAUUUCAAAACCCCAAUAUACCCGCGAUUUUGCCUUCUGUCACCCUUUGGCCUUCCCGAGCAAAGAUCAAACCCUAACCUGAUGAAGGCUCUAUGAGAUCCGAUUGAACCCAGAAACCCGCAAUGGAGAAUCGGAUGCGGGUUGUGUGCCCCGAAAAUGAGGAACUUGGGCGAUACAUGCUGCAGAAGAGGCAAGAAAUGGCGGAGAAGCCCAAGGGGAUAUCAGAGAACGUCGACAUGACUCUCUCCAAGGCGUACGCCAACAUAUGCAAUUCGAAGAAUGCCAUCAAAACCCUCAAAGACCUCUCUCAAAUCAAGGGUGUUGGAAAAUGGUUGCUGAAGCUCCUGAAAGAAUUUUUCGGCAAUGAUUCAGAUUCAGGCAGUGCUGAACCAGAGGACUUGACGAAAAAAGGUAAGAAAAAUAAAGGAACAAAGCGUUAUGUGCCCCAAAAGAAUUCUGUUGCAUAUGCGUUAUUGAUAACCCUUUACAGGGGAACUACAAAUGGAAAGGAAUUCAUGCGUAAACAGGAGCUUAUUGAUGCAGCUGAAGCUAGUGGACUUUCCAAGGCACCAAUAGCGCCAGAAAAAGGAAAAGGAAAGCCUGCACAAUUUGGAAGCUCGGCAAGGGACUGGUAUAGUGGCUGGAGCUGCAUGACGACGUUGGUAACCAAAGGAUUGGUUGCGAAAUCCAGUUGCCCUGCAAAGUAUAUGCUGACUCAGGAAGGUCAGGAAGUAGCACAGGAGUGUCUUAUGAGAUCGCGCCUAGUGGAUCCCAGAGAAAUUGUUGCUGAUACUGAAAGGCCUUCCAAUCUGGGCACAAGCAAAAUUUUGCAGGAGUCUUCUCCCCCUGCUUUGGCUAGAGAAGCGACAGUGGGAUCUGCUGGUUCUCGUGGACAGGAAAAAUCAAUUGAUGUUCCACUUGAAUUGCUAGAGAGAUUUAUGCGCAUGGGCUACUCUAAAGAAAAAGUCGUCCUUGCUUUUGCUGAAGUUUUGAAAACUACCGAGAACAAGGAUAUUGCAUCACUGUGGCCAGCAGUUAUGUGUCAUCUUCGAGAAGAUCAAGUUUAUGGUUUCCAUUCGGAGUUUCCAGCUUUGGGAGAAGAUGGUUGUGCAUCAGCAACUAGUUUCUCUCUGAGAAAUGGUCAAGUAGAACUUGUUAAAAGUCAGAGCAUUCAAAAGGAUUUAACUUUUGAUAGUGGACCAGCAAGAAAGUUGACUGGUUCUCCACCUAACUCAAUUUCGUUGAGAGCUUGUUCGUCUUCUGAACUUUCUGCUCAGAAGCCAAGUUCAAAUGGUCUGGAAAGUAAUAUAAAUGCUCUAACUCUGCCACCUCUGAGUUUUGGGGAGAAAUUUGAGGAUGCAUAUCAAGUAAUUUUAAUAUUGGAUGAUCGAGAACAAUUUGCUACUCGUGGAUCAAGGAAAAUUGUCGAGCACAUUUCUUCUGAAUUCAAAAUCCAGAUAGAGGUUAGGCGGUUGCCAGUUGGAGAUUGUAUAUGGAUAGCUCGUCACAAGUUUCUGCACAGCGAAUAUGUUCUGGAUUUUAUUGUUGAGCGGAAGAAAAUUGAUGAUUUACGCACUUCAAUCAGGGAUAGUCGAUAUAAGGAGCAGAAACUGAGGCUCUUGAGAUGCGGACUUAAAAAGCUUAUAUAUUUCGUGGAAGGGGACCCAAAUUGUUCUGAAGCAGCUGAAAGCAUCAAAACAGCUUGUUUUACAACAGAGAUUCUGGAGGGGUUUGAUGUGCAGAGAACUAGUAGUUUACCUGAUACACUGAGGAAGUAUGGUUUUCUCACUCAGGCGAUAGCUCAGUACUAUAAAUCAUUGUUACCGGAUGACCAGUCUAAACACAAUGGGGUCUGUCCUCCUUUUGAUGAAUUUGUUAAACGGUGCCAAGACCUGGAUAAGAUGACUGUCAGUGACGUAUUUGCGGUCCAGCUUAUGCAGGUCCCACAAGUAACGGAGGAGGUCGCCAUAGCAGUUCUGGAUUUGUACCCCACUCUACUUUCUCUGGCACAAGCCUACUCUCUUCUUGACGGUGAUGUUUCUGCGCAAGAGGAAAUGCUCACGAAGCAGAGUAACAAUGCGAUCAACGCUGUUGCCAGUCGGAACAUCUUCCAAUUAGUUUGGGGCAAUUGACAGUCAUCAAUUGUUCUUCAUUAGAGAAAUUGUUGUCCAUUUGCUAGUAGCCUAGUACUGUCUUGUUAGUUGUAAAAUGUAAGUAAGACGGAUAUAUCUAUAUAUAGCUGUUCUGAUCAGAUGCCCAGCUGCAUUCUGGAUAAUUCUUUAGUUCUAUGCAAGACAAUUUCUACU